CGACCUGAGUGCUUUUAGCUGCAGUUUACUUCGACUCCCCAUUAAGUCCAGUCAUUGUCAAAAUGCAAGAAUGAACUUAGAGUAGUUUUUCUUCUGUUUCCUUGCAUUCCUUCUAUUGUAGUUAUUUGAUUGAGUGAAUCUAGGAUCUUUACAGUUGCCGGCUGAAACAGAUUAUGGAUCUGCUUCUUCAUUUGUUUCUAGGGACACAAAUAUGACAGCACCUGUGCUGGUUCCUGAAGUCCCAGCUGCAGAGAUUCCAAAAAUUUCACUAGCUCAACUAAAUGAUUUCAAAAGCAAUGAAGCUCAGAGUGACAAACUAUUUUCUGUUGAAGGAAAGGUGACUCAAGUUCGUCCUAAUUGGUGUUACAUGGGAUGUGUUGCAUGCCCACGGAAGGUGGAGGAGGAUCUCGAUGAGUAUUUUUGUGGUCACUGUAAGACAACAUCUUCUAUUGCUAAAGCAAAGUAUAGAGUUAAAUUCCAGCUGGAAGAUAAUACUGGAGAGGCUGAUUUUGCCAUCUUGGAGCAUGAAGGGCUGCGCUUUUUUGGAAUAAUGGCUGAUGAGUUAUUCCAAUCAAACCAGAGGAACAAAGAACCUCUUCCACCCCAGAUUCAUCAAAUUGUCAACAUGACACUGAAGCUGACUGUUAAACUAACUCAGUUUAACAUCAUGAACCCACAAACUGAGAUAUCUGUGGUCAGCAUUGACCAUCAUCCUCUUAAGCAACUCAAUAAGGAUCCAUGUUCAAAGGACCUUGGAGGAGCAACCUCAGAUGGACAGAAAAUAGAAGUUGCUCUUGAUUGUGAGGCUGACAAUGGGAAGUAGUGUUGUUGCUGCCUUGCUCCACCUAAUACCCUCCAUAUCAAGCAUUCUGUUUAGUAUGAUUGUUUCCUCCAUGGGAUAUUCACUUUGAUCUUUUUAUUCAGAUCCUUAUUGAAACUCAGGUUAUAGGCUAUUUCUGUUCUGAAUUUUCGUUUUAUGUUUAGUAUGAAUUGCGAACAAUAUUAUGGUUCUUUGCUUUGAAUGCUUUUCAAUCCAUUUGACAGUUUUAUCUUUAUGGAUUCCCUUUGUUAUGAAUUGCAUCAUAACUGUCAACGCCAUCUGAGGCUUAGUCCAAUUAGUUCAGCUAUUGUCAGGUAUUACAGCUUUUGUAAUAUAAACAGGUGUUGGUGUCAUUCAGCUUUUCUUGAAUUAAUGUUUCAUUUGUUACUGAUAUUCGAUGCUUAAGCAUGUUGGCCUAUAGAUGGUUAGGGAUAAAAUAAAGUACCAUUACCCUGUCCAUUUGCUGUGUGAAUGAUGAUAAUUCAAUCGUAACAUCUGCUGGUGGUAUGCAAUAAGAUCUGUUUUCUUUGUUUGAGGGGUUCAUCAUUGGCAGCAUUGAUAUGUUAUUAUAGUAAGUGCAUUAUGGAUUAGUUUGCUGCAUUAUUCUGUUCUUUUAUUGUGUUUGCUGCAUUUUCUGUCUUCAUACGAUGUUUGCUGUCCAUUUUUUAAUGGAUUUUCUUUGCUGCAUUAUUUUGUUUUCUUAUUGAAAUGAGUUUGUUUCACCCUUGCUAGCAGUAGUUAGGGUAGAAUGUUUACUCUAAUUAUAGUUGAACCAUUACAAAGUAAAGUACUUAACACACAAUUUGCAGGAAUGGUGAAUCUUGAAAUGGAUUAGCAGACUCGGGUUUUUAAGAAAUUCACUGACCUCUUGAUCUCUUUCUCUCUUCUACUUCAAAAUCACCAUAAAGACUCAUGUUGUAGCAAUAGUUGAGGUUACUGUUUAUUGACAUGGUUGCUUUUAUCAGACUGUACAUUGCUAUGUAUCUGUUUAGCUCUUGCUUAUAUUGGCUGAUUUGUAUUAUCAUUUCUAUAUGUUGUGUUCAGCAGAAGCAUGAUUGAGAGGAUUGUGAAACGGAUUUGAUUUGAGUGGUGUAUGGAAUUGUCUGAAGUAUCCAUUUAUUUGUGUUUGGUUUAACAUUUAGCUGCUUGAUGGUCUUAUCAGUUUAGAAUCUAGACUUGAAAUGGUUGGUUUUCUGCACUUAUUGUUAAGCUUGAAUUGAAUCUGGUAGAAACGGUUAAGGAUUAUUUUUUUGUUGUCUAUUGGAUUUUCACUCUUAAUUAGUAAGCGAUAGAUGUUAUGACUUGGAUCAUGCUAAGUUACUGCACUUGAAACUAAGUAACGUGCAGCCAGGAAAAUCAAUAAAAGAAAGUUAUAACCUUUUGAUUGCAAUGUAUGGAUGAAGCAAAGCAUGCAUCUGUUUGUAUUUGUAUUUGUUGUUAAACAUUUGUGCAAGCAGAUUCUCAACGUCCCAACUGUUGAGAUUACAAAAAAAUUUCAUUGUUCAGGUCAAUGAUUUCAAAACCAUGGAAUGGACAUUUAUGGAUUCCAGAUUAGCUUCGCUUCAUAACUUCCUCCUACUACUUCAACAACACACUUGAUCUAAUAAAUGAUAGCCUUUUGUUUACUUGAGUCAAAAGUGUGCAGCAGGCAUUCUUCCCCAUUUAUGCAGUACUUAAUUUGGAGAAUUGAUUUUUGCUAUAAUUUAAUCUUUUUCAUUUACCUUUUUCAUCAAGUAUUUCUUGACUACUCACACUUUUUCAUCGUUUCUUCGAAGUUUUACAAGACACCGGCCAACGGGCCGGGCUCAAUGCUAGUUUUAUUUAAAGCCACUACAUCUAUCACAAUUCACGAAAUCAUCUCCAACCUUAAAAAAAAAAUCCCUAGCUCUUCCAAAUCGAACCCCCUUCUUCGACCUCCUCUGACAAAUCCCGAGCUCCCAACACCUUCUCCAAGUCUAGAUCCCUUGUCGCGGUGCCCAUCAUCUCCUCAGUGUCGCCGGAUCGACGAUGUAGUUCAAAGUUGCCGAUGUCAAAGCCGCAGUACGAGGGUUUUCUAUCUCUGUCUUUGCCCAUUUAGCAAAAUGGUGCCGCUGUUGUGGGGGAUGGGCGAUUUUGGAGGGUGUUCGGGGCUGUCCCGUCGAUCAAUAGUCCCCAACCUUUCAUGGCCAGAUUUGGCGGUUUGAGUGGCUCUCCAUCAGCUUCGCCUAUGGGAUUCAGUCUCUCCAUGAAUGGCGAUCUUCAAGAAUUGAUGGCGACAUCUCCGUGAAUCCUUCCCCAGCUAUGGCAGAUUCGCUCCAUAAAGGGCCCCUCAUGAUUUAGUUACGGGGUGCAUUCCUUGAUAGUGUUGUACUCUACUGCUGGGGUCCAAACUUAAUGUUGCUAUGGGAGAGUUUGUGACUGCGACUGUAGGUGUGAAAACAUAGCCCGACCCGAUUAACCCGCCCGAUCAACCCGACUCGCAACCCGACCGCAACCCGAAUUGACUAAAAGUCAACAACCCGUAACCCGCCCGAUCCGAACCCGAUUGACCCGCAACCCGACUAACCCGCAACCCGAUUAACCCAAACCCGAUUGACCCGCAACCCGAUUGACCCGAACCCGACUAAAAUUUCGUAUAAAAAAUUUUAAAAAUAUGAAACUCACUUGAUAUUACGUAUUUUAAGAAAAUGACAAAAAUUGAAACAUGAAGGUCACUUGAGAUCAUGACAAUAUUAAUAUAAUAUAUAAAUUAAAAUUUUGGUUAAUUUAACUAUUCAAUAAAAUUAUCAAUUAAAUAUAAAUAAAGUAAAGUAAUGUAUUUGGUAAUUUGAUGUUUUUAAAAGAAGAGGGAAAUUUUUGUGUAUUCAUGUUUUUGGGAAGAGAAAGAAGAGGGAAAUUUGGUUCUUUGAAUUUUUUAGAAAAAAAAACAAGUGGGAAUUUUGGUGGUUUUGAUAUGUAGGAAGAGAAAGAAGUGGGAAAAUUUGAUUCUUUUGAUUAUGAAAGAGAAAUAAGGAGGGAAACUUUUGACUUUUCAACUUUUUGUAGAAAGAAGAGGGUAAUUUGGUUCUUUCAAUUUUAUGGAAAAGAAAGAUGAGGGAAAAUUGAGUUUUUCUAAUGUAUGGAAGGAGAAAGAAGGAGUGAAAUUUUAGUAUUUUUGUGAAAAGAAAGAAGGAAACAAAUUUGGUGUUUUCAAUUUUUUGGUUUUUCAUAAUUUUAGCUUUUGAAAUAUGAAUCUUUAACUUUUAUAUGGAGGGCAUGACUAGUUAAAAUUAUUCUUAUAUGCUUUGAAGGCUAAUAUGUAUAUAUGUAUGUAAUUUUUUAUGGUCUAAUAAAUAAAUUAACCAUUAGUUAAAACAAUUUAUACUAAACUUGAUAAGUAAUCUUUGACGGUUCGUUGUUUAGGAUAUAAAGUAUAUCGUUAGGGUAUAAGGUAUAAGGUACAUAUGGUUUAGAGUGUAUAUGGUUAGGGUAUAAGAUAUUGAUGGUUUUGAUGGUUCUAAGUUUUUUAUUAACAUAUGUUCAUUGAAGUCAUUUUAAGUCUUUAACGGCAGGAGAUCCCUUUUUAAUUUAUGUUUAUGGUACGUGGUUAGGGUACAAGGUAUGUGGCGUAAAGUAUAGGAUAUAUGGUUAGGGUAUAACAAUUAGCAAAUAUCACUUCUUAUCUAUGUUUUGAAAAUCAAAGUAUGAAUUUCACUUUUAAAAUUAACUAUACUAUCAAAAUCACAACUCAAGGACAUAUGGUUAGGGUAUAGGUUAUGUGGUUAGUGUAUAAUGUAUUGAUGGUUUAGGGUAUACAAUCAACAACAUAUACUAACUUAAUAUUGUUGAUUGAGAUUGUUGAUUGAGGGUAAAGCUAAGUGUAUAGGAUAUAUGCUAUUGAGUAAGUUAUGAUUGAAGUCACAAUAAUUUUACUAACUUUGAUAGCUAAUCUUUAAUGGUUCAAUUUUUAGGAUAAUUCGAACAAUUUUACAUAUAACUCGUUUGGCAACAGUUUACUAAAGUUAUUUGGGCAAUGAGUUAUUGUGAAAUAACUCAUUUUAUCCCUAUGCUUUUGCCAAAUACCACACGCCAAAUACCGGAUUUGCAUGGUUAUACUAAACGAGAUACUUUAAUCCAAUUACUACUGAAUUAAUACUAAAAUAUCAAAUAAACAAUUAACGGUGUCUUUUGGUUGCAAAUAUUGAUAUCACCAUUACUAUUAGCUAUAAUACUUUACCAAUUAUGAUUAAUUACAUAACAAGUUUGCAAGUCAUACAAAUUGAUUUAACAUUUUGACUAGUUUUUUUCAAAAAAAUAAAGUAUAUAUAUACGAGGCAGAAAUAAAUUGGUUAAAAAGUUGAGAAAAUAUUUUAAAUUAGUGUAAUAAAAUGUGUAAGUUGGUAAUGAGUAAUGAGUUAAGUUACUUGAUGCGCUGGCCCGAACAACCCGAAACCCGACCCGCCCGACCCAAAACCCGAUGAACCCGCAACCCGAUUUGCCCGCAACCCGAUUGAAUCCGAACCCGAUGAACCCGCAACCCGACUAACCCGCAACCCGUUUGAACCCGAACCCGAUAAACCCGAACCCGAUGAACCCGCAACAUGACUAACCCGCAACCCGUUUGAACCCGAACCCGAUUGAACCCAGCCCGAACCCGCCCGAUUGACACCUAUAACUGCGACCAUUCCUCUGCCACUGAGAUUGACAGUGAAACAUGAAGAUCCUACACAAGGAAGCUUUAAGGUAACUAUCAAGUUUGGCUCCUGGCUUCUUUGCUCUUUUCUUCCCCAGAUCAGUUUCAUUUAUGAUUGUUAUGAUGGUGGUUUAGCUGUGAAAAGCCUUAUUGUCUCCACCAUAUAGCGGUGAGCAAAGAGAAGAAUCAAAAUCUUCCUUGUGCAUCCACCAAUUAGGUCAUUGUUAUUUUGUCCUUGGGGUGUAGUAGGUACUUUUCUUUUUCCUCUUUACCACCUAGCUCUAAUUCCAUGUUCUGUUGGAUGUUUUAUGAAGCUUUCAUGAUUUGUUGUUUGGUUCACUACAUCGAUUGAUCUUAAUCCAUGGUGUCUUCCUUUAAUAGUUAACUAAUCGCAUAAAUAACUUGAUGGUUGGCCUAAUUGCUUGUGCUUUUCUCUUCUUUUGGUAUGCUUACACUCUUAAGCUGAUUGCAAAACUUGGCCUAACUAAUUAUGUAAACUCUGUUAGAGUCAAACUUAGAGGUUCCAGGAUUCAUCCAGCCAAAUAUUAAGGCCUGAACUACAACACAAUUGAUGAAGCUGUAAGUCUAUCCGAAAAAGUCCUGAACACCUGAUUUCGGUUUUUGUGUUAUUGCAGGUUGAGAAUGAUGAAGCAUGGACAAUCCUCUCAUCCAAAUGAUUCACAUUUAAGUAACUUAAGCUCAAAUAAUAAAAUAGUACAUUGAAGCUCUCCUCUGUUAUCAAUUAUUCAACUAUCUGGAUCAAAGACUUCUGAUAUAUCUUUGUUCAUUUUCUUUUUAUGGUUAUGCCAAAGGGAUAGAUGGGUCGUGGAGGAUGGGAAGGCAAUAGUAGUAUCGUUGCUGAAUUUUGUAAGUACUUGCUCACCUCUAUUGUUUGUACUAUACUACUUACCCACCAGACUUUUGUUUAUAAAUUAAUCUAUAACCUUGGAGGUGGGAUUUCAUAUCCGAUAAGAAGUUUGCUGAGUAAAUGAAUGAUAUAUAAAUUAGUUAGUUUAGCCCAUAAAAAAAAAAUUAGUUAGUUUAGAUAGAUAAUGCAAAUACAGAAGCUUUAUAUAGAUUCUACUGUCUGCAUUAUUGUGUUAUAGAUAUGUAGAAACAUCCCAUGACUUUGUAAGAAAGUCCUAUGAGAAUA